AUGUCCAUAAAAACAAGAUAGGGCUCAACUACUGAAAUGAAAAGGCAAAAUCAAAGCUCUGUCAUUGAAUUCAUCCUCUUGGGCUUCUCUAACUUCCCUCAACUCCAACAGCAGCUCUUUGCAGUUUUCUUGGUGAUUUAUCUGGCGACCCUGGUGGGAAAUGCCAUCAUUAUAGUCAUCAUCUCUCUGGACCAGAGGCUCCACGUUCCCAUGUACCUGUUCCUCCAGAACUUAUCUGUGGUGGACCUGAGUUUCAGUGCAGUCAUUAUGCCUGAAAUGCUGGUGGUCCUCUCCACUGAGAAAACUACAGUAUCUUUUGUGGGCUGUUUUGCACAGAUGUAUUUCAUUCUUCUUUUUGGUGGGACUGAAUGUUUUCUCCUGGGGGCAAUGGCUUAUGACCGAUUUUCAGCAAUCUGCCAUCCUCUGAACUACCCAAUGAUUAUGCACAAAAGGGUUUUUAUGAAAUUAGUUAUAUUUUCAUGGGCCUUAGGAUUCAUGUUAGGUUCUGUGCAAACAUCAUGGGUGUCUAGUUUUCCCUUUUGUGGCCCCAAUGAAAUUAAUCAUAUAUCUUGUGAAACCCCAGCUGUGCUAGAACUUGCAUGUGCAGACACCUUCUUGUUUGAAAUCUAUGCCUUCACAGGCACCAUUUUGAUUAUUUUGGUUCCUUUCUUGUUGAUACUCUUGUCUUACCUUCGAAUUCUCUUUGCCAUCCUGAAGAUGCCGGCAACCACUGGGAAACAAAGGGCAUUUUCCACGUGUGCGUCCCAUCUCACAUCUGUCACCCUCUUCUAUGGCACAGCCAGUAUGACUUAUUUGCAGCCCAAAUCUGCCUACUCACCAGAAACCAAGAAAUUGAUGUCUCUGUCUUACUCACUGCUUACACCUCUGCUAAAUCCACUUAUCUACAGCUUGCGAAACAGUGAGAUGAAAAGGGCUUUGAUUAAAUUAUGGAGAAGAAAAGUGAUUUUACCCACAGUGUGA